GCUCCAGUUGUUUCUGCUGUCACUUGCCAGUGCUGCUGGGAAGAGGGAUGGAGAAGUGAGAGAGCAGUUGCAUGGUUCCUGUGAUCUUCAGUCUCUGCUGUUCUUUGCCAUGUAAAUGGUCAAAUACCUUUUAAAGGAGGCCAGCUUGUCCUCUGAAGCUCUGAGGAAUCAACUCAGGAAGACAAUUCAUGGUUUAAUCCAGACUUCCCAGUGCAGCUGGCAGCAAGGUGUAGUCCAACAGCCCUGCUCAGUGUUAAACCAUGGCGAGCCCAGCCAAGGACAACUACCGAAUGAAGAGCUACAAGAACAAAGCCCUGAACCCCGAGGAGAUGCGGCGGAGGAGGGAGGAGGAAGGGAUUCAGCUGCGCAAACAGAAACGAGAGCAACAGCUCUUCAAAAGAAGAAAUGUGGAGCUGAUCAAUGAAGAUGCCUCCAUGUUUGAUAGUCUCCUUGUGGAUUCAUAUGUCAGUGCCACAACGUGUGGGGAGGGAGUGAUCACAAGAGAGAUGGUAGAGAUGCUUUUCUCAGAUGACCCUGAUCUACAGCUAGCAACCACUCAGAAAUUCAGGAAGCUACUCUCCAAAGAGCCCAACCCUCCAAUAGAUGAAGUGAUAAACACUCAAGGAGUGGUGGACAGAUUUGUUGAAUUCCUGAAAAGAAGUGAAAAUUGCACAUUACAGUUUGAAGCAGCAUGGGCGCUGACGAACAUCGCAUCUGGGACUUCCCAACAAACAAAAAUAGUGAUUGAGGCUGGGGCAGUUCCUAUAUUUAUAGAGCUGUUAAACUCUGACUUUGAGGAUGUUCAAGAGCAGGCUGUCUGGGCAUUGGGGAACAUUGCUGGAGACAGCUCUGUGUGUAGAGAUUAUGUCCUUAACUGCGCUAUCCUUCCUCCCUUGUUAAUGCUCCUCACAAAGUCCACCAGGUUGACAAUGACACGAAAUGCAGUCUGGGCCUUGUCAAACCUGUGCAGGGGGAAGAGUCCACCACCUGAGUUUGAUAAGGUGUCUCCCUGCCUGCCAGUCCUGUCCAGAUUGCUAUUCAACAGUGACUCUGACUUGCUGGCAGAUGCCUGCUGGGCUCUUUCCUACUUAUCAGAUGGUCCCAACGAGAAGAUUCAAGCAGUGAUUGACUCGGGAGUGUGCCGGCGACUGGUGGAGCUGUUGAUGCACAACGACUACAAAGUGGCCUCCCCAGCUCUGCGAGCUGUGGGCAACAUUGUGACAGGAGAUGACAUCCAGACCCAGGUGAUUCUGAACUGCUCAGCCCUGCCUUGCCUCCUUCAUUUAUUAAGUAGUCCCAAGGAGUCAAUCAGGAAAGAAGCUUGUUGGACCAUAUCAAACAUCACAGCAGGAAACAGAGCACAAAUACAGGCAGUCAUAGAUGCAAACAUUUUCCCAGUGCUGAUUGAAAUCUUGCAGAAGGCAGAAUUCCGCACGAGGAAAGAGGCAGCCUGGGCCAUCACAAAUGCAACCUCAGGAGGAACUCCUGAGCAGAUCAGGUACUUGGUAAACUUGGGUUGUAUCAAGCCUCUUUGUGACCUGCUGACUGUUAUGGACUCUAAGAUCGUUCAGGUGGCAUUGAACGGGCUGGAGAACAUCCUGAGGCUUGGGGAACAGGAGGCCAACCAGAGUGGGACAGGCAUCAACCCUUACUGCAGCCUGAUUGAGGAGGCCUACGGUUUGGAUAAGAUAGAGUUCCUACAGAGCCACGAGAACCAAGAGAUCUACCAGAAGGCCUUUGACCUGAUCGAGCACUACUUUGGCGUAGAAGACGACUCUGCUUUAGCACCCCAGGUAGAUGACAACCAGCAGCAAUUCAUCUUCCAGCAACCUGAAGCUCCCAUGGAAGGUUUCCAGCUAUAAUGUGCCUGGAGUGGCUGAAAAAAAAAAAAAAAGAACCCAACAACAACAAACCAACAACUACUAAACCACCAGAAACUUGCUGGGAAGGAACUGGGAGCAGCUGAUGAUUCCAUCCCCUCCUUGCAAAUGGAAGGCUAAACACCCACUCCAGCUGUUAGGAAAGAAAUCUUCCUUCAAACAACUAGAAGCAGUGCUUUGUCCUCACAGAGAGAAGGAGAUGUUCUUCCACUUUCUUCUUAUUUCA